CGGUUUUUCUCGCGGGCGGUUCGCUGGGCGGGGCCGAGCGCCAGUCCCGCGCCGCCGGCCGGCCCGAACGCACGUACUCAACGCUCAUUGUCCGUCGUCCCGCCACCGUGCACAUGGUCUGUGAAUUUUCGACAUCCCGAUGUCGUCGUGAAUAGUAGCAAAAUGGACUUUCAAAGUGCGAUGGAGACAUUUGCUGAGGCGUGGGCAGCCGCAAACACUGUCAAGUCGGAGGUACCGAGUGAUUUGUCGCAGACGCAGCAAUUGACCGCACUUCAUUCGAUGAAUCUGGCUUCGGAUCUGAGGCGUAGCAAGACCCCUCCGCGGAGGUCUCCAGAGGAAAGGGCUGUGCCGCGGCCCCCUUCGGCCCCAGUCCAUCAUGAGAGGAACCCUCACACACCGCUCACACCGCACACCCCUCAUCUGUCGCCUAAGAAAGAAGCCUUCAACAACCUUCUCAAUAAAAGCAUAACCGGAAAAACUUUGCCAGUUCACUGCGUUGUGGAGGCAGUGUCUUCUCUCGAAGAGGGUGCGUGGAGGCGUCGCGCCCUGGUGGAAACAGACAGCUACGUCAUCAUACCCUCGGCGACGGCCUUCCAUGACCUAGUGCCGGCUGCCAUGAUGCGGCUAGGAUACCCGCAAGAGCUGGCUGCCUCCGCGAAAGGUUCCGUUGUAAUCAACAAUUGGAAGCCACUGCCAUUCGAGAGGAUCUCCGAGGGGCCAUUGGCGACGGUCGGCGAGGUGCUUGGCGAGCUGACUACGGUGGCGACCCUGCGUAUACAGUUGUUGAGACCACGCCCUACACCACUGCAAGACAUCAAGGACAAGCUACUCAGGCUGCUCCUAGUCCAGAACCGGCCACUCCUCAUGUCGACUGGAUGCCCGCUGGAUGAGAUGACAUUAUCUCAGAUAUGCAGAGGGCAAGAUAGAACUCCAGGACCUCACAAUUUCCAUGAGCCUUCUGAGGAGAUGAGACGGAAGUUUGAGUCAUGGUGGAGUGCACAGGUAUCGCCGCGACCGCCCCCCUUCAGCCCUCGUCGAUAUCCUUCUCCAGGCCCAAAAAAUCGCUCACCAACACUGAACACAAUUCCGGACCAUUUACACCCGGCUUUACAAACCGUUCAAAGUCAAUAUCCGACACAAAAGACUAGAAUGCGAACAAGUUUUGACCCAGAAUUGGAACUGCCAAAGCUGCAGCGAUGGUUUUCCGAAAAUCAACAUCCGAGUCGACAGCAAAUACAGCAAUAUGUACGCGAACUAAAUAAUCUUGAAUCUAGACGGGGUCGUAAGCCACUUGACGUUAACAACGUCGUAUAUUGGUUUAAAAACGCUCGUGCUGCACAAAAACGUGCUGAACUCCGUAACAUUGGUGGACUAGGGUGUCACCUUGGGGUAAAUGGCUUUAACAGCAGAAGUCAUAGCCCAACCAACGGAUCUCUGAUGACGGGCAAUGAUAGUUAUACCUCACAAGAUCAAAAUUCUAUGAAAAGUCCAAUGCAAAUGUCGGGCAGUCCUGGAAGAUAUCCAAUGUCUGUUAUAUCCGAAGAUAAUUUGUCAAAUGGAGGAUCUGAUCUAGAAGAUGACGGUGGUGAUUUAAAUCCAGAUGAUAGGCCGGAAAGUCCAGACGCCCCACUGUCAUUGAUAACUACGAAGAAAAAUAGUAAUGACAAUGAGGAUAGAGCUCAAGAGUCGCCAAAACCCCCGGAUAUAAUUAAGGUACAUGACAUCAAACAAGAGCCAAGGGAUUUGAGUAAGCCAGAUCAGAAUAGCUCACCACAGCGUUCGCCAGCAAAAAACAGUGACAGCUCUCACAACAACAACAAUAACAACAACGAAGAAGAAAACGGAAAUGUCGAUGACCACGACGUAUCUGAUGACGAAGUGGUCCAAGAACGUCAUUACAGGCCGACUUCUCCGCAUCUCGAUCGCCUACCAUUUCCAAUGGUGCCAAAUCAUCCGAUGUUUGGACACGGUAUAAUGUACAUGAGCCAAUACAUGAGUGGAUUCCCAGGUGUCGGUGCGGUUCCUGGGGAAGGAGCUAGUGGACUCAAUUUAGCCCUAGCUGGUGCUUCCGAUGAACGCCGCAAACGAAACCGCACUUUUAUAGACCCUGUAUCUGAAGUCCCAGUUCUUGAACAAUGGUUCUCAAUGAACACCCAUCCGUCGCACAAUCUUAUUCUCAAGUAUACAGAGGAGCUAAAUAGGAUGCCUUACAGGCAAAAAUUUCCUCGGCUCGAAUCUAAGAACGUACAAUUUUGGUUCAAAAAUCGGAGAGCGAAAUGUAAAAGAUUGAAAAUGUCCCUUUACGAACCAUCAUCUCCAUCACACUACUCACAUGCCGGUCAUCACGCUAUUACCGAGCGUAAAAUGGUGUAAAGUGUUUAUUCACAGGAUUGUCUAAAAUUCUCAAUUUUUCCUCAAAAUAUAGUUUCAUUUGUGAUGCCAGAAUAUCAUAGUUAAAGACUGAAUCUGAUUCUUUUAUGGUAUAAAGUGCCAUCUUAGUAUUAAAGUCGUAACGGACGUAUAACACACUAUUAUUUUUAACUAUUGGACAUUUGAUGCCACAAGCAAAAAUUUGCUUACUCGGUUUUUUGGUUAACCUUUCAAACCUUUGCGUUUUUGUACAUGUUGUAUAAAACUAGAAACACAAGUAAUUGAGUAUGAUGAAUCUCACUUGUACUUUGAAUGUAUAUAAGACUAAAAACUCAAUUCUAUUUAUUAUAUCGUUAGUUUAGAUGUAAAAUAAUAAUCUGAUACGAUCAUUUACAUAAUUUUAAAUGGAUACUCAUUUGGAAGUUACACUGAAAUUAUAUCUAGAUGUAGUUUUAGUAGUUGAGGUUAAUAAUAAUAAUUAUAAUGGUAUUCAAUGUUAUAAUAUUACUUGUAAAUUUUUUGUGUAAUUAAUGAAGUCAAAUAGUUAUGAUAGUACUGAUAUUAUAUUGCACAUAAUAGUAGAACAUCAAAAGUUAAAUAAACAACUAGUUAACUAUAUAGUGAAUCGUUUUAAUAAAAUCGAUUUGUAUCAUAGAUUUACGCACAUUCCAUUUUUCUCUUAUGUUUUAAGUAAUAAUACUUCCUCAAUCCAAAGAUUGGUUAGUGUUAGUGUGAACGAAUAAGAUUUUUAAACCGCUCCCAAUAUUAAUUGUGUAAGAAAUAUGUCUUACCAAAGAAAUCACAUAAACAUAAAAAAAAAGUCAGGAAAGUAUCCUAUAUUUUCGUUUGUAUUAUUGUUAUUAUUACUUUAUUUGGAAUUAUUACUAUACUCAUUUUUAAAUUCUGAUACGAGUACUUAUCACCAGGUUUUACUUUUUUGUUUAGUUCUCAGUUUUUACAUAAGCAGCCGCAUUUCUUCUUUUGUUCAAUGAUACUACUCGUACUACAAUUUACCGUUCAUUAUUUUCUCAUUUAUGUUCUAGAUUUAUUUUUUCUUUUCAAAUCAGUAUACUUUUUUAUUAGUAUACUUUUUAAUCAGUAUACUUUCUAAAGAUACUUUUUUCAUCGAUAGAGUAACAGUAUAACAUUAAUAUAUGUACUAGUCUUAUGCUAAGAACUGGCUUCUAAAUCAAAUAUCAGUUUUUCAUAUUUUCAGUACUCGUUAACUUCGUUUCUACUUUUUACAAAUUACUAUUUCCAAUAUUGACAGUGCAUUAAAAGGGUUUAAAGUACUAUUUCUAUUAUUAUCAAAAAAUCUGGAAUUUUGCUUUCAUAUUUUUAGAUUAAUUCUCCGACAUAGGUUAUAUAUUUACAAAGUUCUAUUGAAUACAAUUUAUAUUGUCAACAUUUUCCAAUAUGGUAAGACAUGUUGCUUACUAGUGUUAUGUUACAGUAUUUACGCAUUUACAAAGAUACAUCACUGUUGAAGUAUCUGAAACUACUCUUGUUUUUAUAGUUUUAGUCGGAUAGUUGUAAUAACUUGGAUUGUUUUGUUGUUCCAUGUUAUGCUUGUUUUGUGAAGCUGUGAUGAUAUUUCCAAAUAUUGUAAAUAUUUUUUAUUAAUGUUGAUAAGGUCUAUGGUGAAACUGUAUCACUACGCUCACACGAACAGUUAGUAUCAGCUUAGGUGAUGAUGAUAUUGGCUAAAUGUUUAUUCGAUUCAAUUACAUCAAUCAAAAUUAAAUUGGAUAUAUAUGAAAGGACA